UUGAGCUGAUUUGCUUUUUAUUUGCAUUAACACUCACGAUGGAGCCUAUUCGCCACUUGUACUACGACGAUGACUACUUGAUGUGUGUCAGGAACUGGGUCCACUACGGGGUGGCAGCCCCAGUAUUGACUGCGGACCAAAAGGAAGCUGGUCGUAAGCGUAUGAGAGAGGAGUGGCAGGCCGAGCGAGAGCGCGAGAGCCAACCAGGGACGGCCGAAUGGAGGUCGGUCGUAGAAGAGAUGUUCUUCAAUAAGGUGAAGGCGUGGAAAAUCCAGUGGGCGGCCCGGGUGGUGCAGCCAGGUUGUGGACGAUGUGGGAAUUGGGCCCAUGUGGCGCGAGAGUGCACAGGUUUGCCAAGGGAGUGGAAGCCGUUUUGCGACGAAUGUGUCGCAUUUUUCGACACCGACACUUGUCAGGGGCCACAUGGACGCGCCCGAGUAGCUGUGCGAGGGCGUUGCAUGAUCUGCUGCAACGUAAGGAUCCGCACUACGCCACAAACACCCCAGCGGACCGCUCGUUGUCCGGAGUGUAACCGCACUGGAUCUGAACAACUGUGGGCGUUACCAACUGUUCCAAAAUUCACUUGGGAUCCGGAAGUGCUCCGGCAAUACUCAUUAAACUAACCAUUGGGGUGGUUACGUUAUUGGCUUUUGCUGGGUUUACGUAUUUAUCUAUUUUGCGAUUUUGUGUUUUGUUUAUUGUUUGUUUGAUCGUGUCGGUAGGCGGCCAAGUACAAUUUUAAUCAUUGUUUGUUUUGUAUUCGGUUUUCAGUAAAAUUAAACGCCACACACCCAAUAGCCCUGCAUUAUACUCAUUCAACUACCUUUCCUAUACCUAAACGUAGCAAGAAGGUAAGUGAUGAACGACACUAAUCAACACGCCAGUGGAUGUAGAGACUGCUGUUGUCUCGGCCAGAGGUCUUGCAGAGGGCUAAGACCGGCCUGGUGGGGGGGUGUCACGAUAUUUAAAUAUCGUGGCAGUCUCACAUUAGGUUGGUGAGCAACAGAUGGCAGCACACGCUGCUCUCACGUCUCUAUACUCAUUAAUUUUAUGAUUAUGUUGUUUAUAUAUAAGAUUUUACAUUUAUUAUUACGCUAUUUGUAUUUAAUUAAUCCAGUAGGUGAAACCGGCGCUGAAAUCAGCAAAAAUUACUGAUUAUAGUAAGUUUACAGGUAUA